AUGGGGAAGACAUUUGCAAACAUCCAUGCCUCAAUGACAGGCAAAUUUGAGGGGGGCGUUGGUGAGAAGAUUCCGCAAUGGAUUCGAGCAAACGGGGGAGUGUUCAGUCGGGAUGUCAAUCCUCGAGUGACUCAUCUGAUCACAACCGAAGAAGCCUUCAAGCAGAAUGUCGAUUCUGUGGACAAUGCGCACAAGCUCGGGAUCAAGGUCGUCACCUAUGACUGGCUUGAUGACUCGCUUCUAUCCUUGACUCGUCGGCCAAAGGGUGAGGGACCUUAUCUUUUGAAGAAUAUCGUCAAGGUGGCGGAAAAGAAGGCAAAGAAGGCACAUUCUGCCAAGGCAAAGGCAUCAAAGACACCCAUCAAGGUCACCAAAUCCCAGCCCAAAGCUCCAAAGCGCCCUGCUGUUGACCCAUUUGUCAAACUGAAAGGCAAAAGAAAAGCGGUCCGCCAAGAAUAUUUCGAAAGUCUCACUGGAACCCUCUACAGCGCCACCAUAUUCCGCAGAACAAAGCCACCAGCCACGACAAGAGAAAAGUGCCAGCUGGCCGUCUACGAGUCUCUUUCUGAGCCCCACAUGUACUCAACUUACAUCAAAUUCAGCCGCACUGGCAAAUCCUCCGUCGAAGUGCUGGCCCCACCGAGAAAAAGCAUCCAGCUCGCCAUCGGAAUUUUCAAGACUCACUUCAAGAUCCACACUGGCAAGGAUUGGGAAGACCGGGCAGAUGGACAGAGCCCGCCACCAAAGAAGGAUGCUGAUGGGAAUUCCUUGCUGGCCCAUGAUGGUUGGUUCUAUCUUGAGGAACAAAGAAGUAUCCUCAGCAGCUUCAUGAUGGGAACACAGAACAUGAGUCGUGCAACGAAUUCUCAGAGUGGAAGCAGCAAUACUUCGGCUGAGCAGGGAAAGUAA